UGGUGCUACUCGUUUUGUAUCCAUUACAUGAUGGUCCAUUUUCGAAUAGUUCACUCAUUGAUCUUUCUGUGCAGCCUAAAUAAGGGCGAUCAAUUGAAAUAGCACCGUGUUUGAUUUGCUCAUCCUUCACACGAAGACGAUACAAGGAAUAUUAUGAGGCGACAACGAACUGUCGUUGUAAACCCCGAGGAGUGUUCCACUUCUCCACUACAUGGCUCUCCUCGUCACGCCGUAUCCCCAAAAUCGAUAGGCUCCGAAAGUAGCUUUCAGACUGGUUUAAGUGUUGGUUAUGUUGAAAGUGUCGUUGGACAUGACGAUCCCACGCUGGUUCAUACUAAUGUAAAAGAAAAUCCAUCCAGUAGAAACGACGACCAUAUUCGAAACAUUCAUUCCGAAGCUCUUGGUUCCUUCUUGACCGCAUCGUAUUCUGAAGAAGAGAGAGAUUCGCCAGAGGACGCUCGAGAACUAGGUCAGAGUCUUGAUGAUGAGAAACUCCGUCAGCAACUGGUUGAACUUGAUCGGACACAGGAUGCUUGGCGAGCAAAGCGACAAGAAGUAUCGGAUGACGUUGAUGAGACAGAAGAUUUUUAUGUGAAGGAAGCGGGUGAAUUCACACCAUCAUCAUCCCGAAAGAGAUACCAAUUAGCCAUGAAAGAAGCAACAAUUUAUGAGGAAGUCGAAGAACGCCAGGAAACAAUAUACGAGGAAGACGAGAUGAACGAAGGACCGCACCCUGAGGAAGAGAGAACUGUUGAAGAGUCUUCUCGGUUCGAAUCACAUAUCGGCAUGCUAACACCAAAGUCUGACACUUAUGCUGACGACCCAGAGAGUCACGUACAGACGGAGACGAUUGAGAGGGCUCCGAAGCCUAUGUCGUCACCUAAGAUACAACAGCAUGAUCCGCAAGAAGGUGCUGAUCGUAUAUUACUUGAUGUAUCUCGACAACAACAUCAAACGAAGGAUAAUACCGAAAAUACUUCAUAUGAUGAGUGCCCACCGCAAAAUCCACCGGAACAAGGCAGCACAUCUAGCAGUCUUGGUGAUUAUUCGACUCAGUAUCGAAUGCAAGAGCUCAUUGGCACAAGCUCUAAUCAGGAAAGAAUUUCUAAGAAAGAGAUGAAACAGCAACAGAACAGUAUUCCCUUAUACGAGGGUGGGAAAGUAGAUUCCAGCAGUGCCGCUUCAGGAUCUCGAACCGCAGCUGCUAGUAAAAGUCUAGUUCAGUGUGAAACCAGUGAUUUGGAUUUUGAAUAUCCUUCGAUGGACGAUGAAUUGGAUGAUAGGAAAAAUGAUGUAUCAUCACAUUUGGGUUUUGAUGUUGCCAAAACUCAUGAUCAAGAAAAAGCUCGAGAUUUUGUUGAUAUCGAGGACAACAUUGUGGUUCCGUGCACUGUGAAAAAUGAUGAUUGCAAUUAUAACGAUAAGAUAAUUAGAGCGGUACAAGAACGUCUUACAGAUCAAUCAGUGGCACCCUAUGCGAUGGAUCAAAUUGAACCAAACUCUAAACCUGGAUUGUUUAAACCAAAAAUUGGUUACAGCUCACCUAUGAAGUCAAUAAUCAGCAUGUGGAGAAAGCCAGAAGCGUUGGCGUCACAAGUAGAUCAGUCCAACGAUGAAUAUGAUGCCGAAGCAAAUAUGACAUCCAAUCCAAGAAAGAGGAGGUGGAAAUUAUGCAUCGUGAAUGUCUGUUUGGGUGCUGUAAUAAUUGUUGCGAUUAUUUGUGCGGUUCUUUUGGGAAUAGAAAUAGCAGCAAGGAACAAAGGUUCGUCGUCAGUAAAAAGGGAUGAAACCCAAGAAACUGCAAGUCCCACAGUAAGCCCGAUUGAAUCGAGAUUAGAAGACAGGCCAAAGGUAAGCCCAGUUGAAUCAAGAUCAGAAAACAGCCCAACGGCAAGUCCAGUUGAAUCGAGAUCAGAAAUCAGCCCAUCGGCAACGGAUGCACCUGUCCAAUUGCCCGAAUCCCCAAUUCAAUAUUCGAGCGCAAUAGAAGAAGAAAUACUCAUGAUAUCAGGAGACAGCAUUUAUAACAUGUCCACCCCGCAGUAUGCUGCCUAUGAUUGGUUACUGACGAAAGAUCCUGCUAAUUUAGAUCUCGGUAGCUCGAUAGAGCUCGAGAGUCAACGAUUCAUAGCAGCCUUAUUUUAUUUUGCCAUGAAUGGCAAUGACUGGAUCGACCAGUACGGAUUUCUUGAUGAGUCGCAUGUUUGCGAUUGGAAUAAUGGCCCCAGUAGUGAUCCUGUGGGGAUUGCAUGUGACAGUUUGGAUAAAAUUACAGGUUUUGUUAUCAGUAAGUGCAGGCCUUCGCAAGUAUCGUAGUCGACGCAAAUGCUGUUGAAUCAUUUCGUUUCUUUUUUAUUCUCAUAUGGCGCUUUCUAUCCGCGUUUCAACGAAGACGAAAACAAUUUGAGAGGUCAGCUACCACGGGAAUUACAAGAGCUCACUGACAUCACUAUAUUGCAAUUAAGAGCGAACGACAUUUAUGGAACACUCCCGUCUGAAUUAGGAAAGUUAUCCUUGCUUGAAGAGAUCGAUCUUCGACAAAAUGAGCUUGUUGGAACCAUUCCGGAAUCUAUUUUCAAUCUUCCAGAAAUAAAAAGGAUUCUGCUUCUUCGAAAUUCUCAACUCGGCGGUACCAUUCCAGCUUCAAUCGAAAAAGCAAGCAAUCUUGAAAUGAUAUCUAUUCAAAGAUGCGAUGUGACCGGCUCUCUACCGAGCACAAUUGGUUCUCUUUCUCGUCUGUUUUUCCUAACUUUCUUGCACAAUUCUUUGACUGGUACGAUUCCGGAUAGUUUGGUUAAUUUGUCUAAGCUUGAAGUUCUGGAGCUUUCUGAAAACAAAUUGACAGGACAUAUCCCGCCUCUUUCUGGCCAGGAUAGUUUGUACUAUAUAUCCUUAUACGAUAACAAGUUGACAGGGUCUAUUCCUACAACGCUUGGAGACCUUCCAACUCUCAUGUUCUUAGACAUCAGGGACAAUCGAUUGAAUGGAACUAUUCCUCAUGGAAUCGGACUCAAUCGGAAUUUGGUCACGUUUUUUGCCGAAAAUAAUCAAUUGACCGGGACUCUACCAUCAUUUUCUAGCAAUGCUGGUCUACUUCAAGCCGUCAAUCUUUCCAGAAACAAGCUUUCUGGGGACUUGAAUAACAUCUUUGGACAAGGAGGAUCUGUUGCUCGUCUUGUAAACAUUAACCUUGCUCAUAACAGUUUUGUCGGAAGUAUCUCACCCUCCAUUGGUCGAAUGAACUCUUUGAGUGAGCUCAAUCUACGGGGAAAUUCAAUAUCUGGGACGAUCCCAACUGAAGUUGGCUUGCUACGUGAAUUGGACACACUCAUUCUACAAGAUAAUGAUUUGACCGGUACCUUACCAGAGGAACUAGGUCUAGUUGAGCAGUUGGUAUAUUUGAAUAUUGCAAGCAACCAAUUUGAAGGAACCAUCCCUGAUACGCUCGUACUGCUUUCGAGACUGACGGUACUCGACCUUCAAUCAAAUGACUUGAUGGGAAGUAUCCCGACGAUAUUUGGUCAAUUGAGUAAUCUCGAUGAGCUUUAUCUCCAUAGCAACAACCUCGUUGGGGACUUGUCCGGGACAUUUUGCAAACGUCACGAUCCUGAUUCCACCUUUCGGUUUGUCGGAGUGUUUACUUCAGACUGCUUGCAGCCAAACCCUGCCGUACAAUGCAGCUGCUGUACUGUAUGUUGUCAGGAUGAUGAGUGUUUUAAUAUGCCGAAAUUACCAAGCAAAUAAAGAAAAAGAAUUGAGCAGCAAGAGAACCCUAGGUUUCAAUUUUAUUGAUAGUAUGUACUUAAUUUGUUCUCCGUCACUGAGAUAGCAGAAUACAUGGAUGAAUAUGACUCCUUUAUCUUCAACUGCAUUGAUCUCUUUUUGAAUGGAAAAGUGAUUGGCAACCAAGGUCUACAAGCAGUAUUAUACACUUCAGAAUUCCACAGAUGAAAAUUUCUCUUUGGAAGAAGUUUCUCUAGAUGAAAUGUUGCCUUCUGGCUGGUGCAUUUUAGAGGAGAGCACAAAUGGUUUGAUGGAAGCCGUAUCAGCGGUUGAUUUGGAGUCUCACAARCAGUAUGGUAAGAAAACCCCUUCAAACAGAUUUCUUGUUUCUGCUCAGAGAAAAAUUUACCACUUGAAGUGAUUAAAGAGGUAUUUUUAAUUUCCUGAUGCUUUCACAUGAUAGUUACCAAGAGUGAAGCAUAGUAAGGCUGUAAUUCUCUCCUGUAUGGAAAACUUUAUUUCAGGUCAUUCUUGUUCAAAAUAUGUGUUUCAAGGAGGGGAGAUACUGAGGACAGACACAUAUUGGAAACAGAUUUGGUAGAGGCAGGAUUUUUGGAUCAGUGUGUAUGCCCAUUUUGUCACGUUUUUACACUCUUUUUACAAAACUAGAAACUAAUACACUCAGUGGUCAAAUCCAUCUAAUAAUGUCAGAUUUGGCGUGCAGAUUCCUCACAUUCUUUUAGAUGCAAAGUAAGUAUUUUGUCAAGAUUUAAAAUGAUAAC